CACAAUCGCUGCUGCAUCGCUCCUCCGUUUCUGUCCGCGCGGCGCGCCGCGCGAGGUUCACGAAAGAGGCGGCUCGGGUUGUGUGGUGCUGCGCUGCGCUACCGCAGACCGCUGGCCAGUGCCCGAUGCGGUGCGACGCGUGUUGUACGCUUUCCGAUGCGGCGAGCGAGACCGAGUAAACGCAACGGCGGCGGUGGUGUUGACCCGUUGACGCAGCAGUAGCCCGCUCGCGGAAUCCCGGUGGCGUACCCGGCGAUUCGUAAAGUGCCUUUUCUCUGUCAUUAGCGUCUUUCGCUAAAAUGUUUCAGAGGGACGGAGUGAGACUGAGACAGCAGCACACGGCGAAGAGAACGUCGACCGAGUUACCGUACGAGAACAGGAUCGCCUCGAGGAAGCAGGAUGCACUGCCAAACGACACCCAGCAUCUCCUCUUCGUUCUCACGUACUUCCUCUUCGUGUCCUUCAUCAUAAUCGUCCUGGAGAGAAAUCUGCCCGAUCCGAUCACCGUCGACACGGAGGGCCUGCACCCGGGGAGAUUCGUCGCCGAGCGUGCACGCAGUCACGUCGUGAAUCUCACGUCGAUCGGGCCCCGCAUCUCCGGCAGUUACGAGAACGAGGUCCUAGCUGUUAAGUUUCUAACGACAACGAUCAACGAUGCGAUGAGGACGGCGCACGAGAAUCACAGGAUUCUCUUUAACGUAACGAAGCACAGCGGCGCGUUUCCACUUAAGUUUCUCGACGGCAUGACUAAUGUCUAUAGAAAUGUACAGAACGUCAUUGUCAAAGUCGGACCUCACCGGCCUACGAUGCACAGCUUGCUGCUUAAUUGUCAUUUUGAUUCGUUUUUAGAGAGCCCAGGUGGCUCUGACGACGGUGCUGGUUGUGCGGUAAUGCUGGAAAUUUUACGGAUAAUAACUCAGAGCCCAAAAAUAUUGAAGCACAGCGUUGUAUUCUUGUUCAAUGGCGCCGAGGAAAAUAUAUUGCAGGCGUCUCAUGGCUUCAUAACGCAGCACCCUUGGGCAAAGAACGUGCGAAUGUUCAUAAAUCUGGAGGCAUGCGGCGCCGGUGGUCGCGAACUGCUGUUUCAAGCUGGGCCCCACAAUCCUUGGAUUCUCGAAGUUUACGCCAAAUCCGUACCAUAUCCUUACGCGUCGUCGUUGGCUCAAGAGAUAUUUGAGAGCGGUAUAGUACCUGGUGACACGGACUUUCGGAUAUUCAGAGACUUCGGAAAAGUUUCUGGCUUGGACUUUGCAUGGUCGAAAAACGGUUACGUGUAUCACACCAGAUUCGAUAACGUCGAUCAGAUACCGCUGGGCGCCUUGCAACGAACCGGCGAUAAUAUUCUCGCCUUGACACAAGGAAUAAUAUUUGGCGACCAUUUAUCGGACGCGGAAGAGACACGCGGCAGUCUCGUGUUCUUCGACUUCUUGGGCGCAUUCGUUAUUAGAUGGCCGCAGUACAUUGCCAGUACAGUUAAUAUCGCCAGUAUAUUUAUAGCUGGAUACUCUAUCCAUUUGAAUAUGCAGAGUACACGUAGAAAUAUUAAGAAAUGGAUGUACAUGAGACAUGUGCUGAUGUGCAUCGGAGUAAUCAUGAUCUCGUGGUUGGCAUCCAUGUUUUCUUGCACGUUAAUCGGCCUGAUCCUGACCAAACUGGGCAAAGUGAUGAGUUGGUACGCGAGACCGGCGUGGCUGUUUUUCUUGUACGUUUGCCCAACCAUUUUUGUGUCGAUGAUCGUGAUCCUGCAAGUAGGAUCGAGGCAGAAAAAGGAAGUUGGUUCUGCUUGGGUUUUGUAUCACAUGUACUACGACGCGUAUUCCCUGAUAUGGAUGUCGAUUCUCUUGGUAUGUGUCACAUUUGCAAUACGAUCGGGCUUCAUACCGCUCCACUGGGUCCUAUUCCCGUCGGUUGGAAAUAUUGUGCGACACCAUUUCUUCAGCAAAUGGAGAGACUGGAAAUGGCUUUGUUACCAAUUGGGGUCGUUGAGUUUAUCUUACAUACAGUCGUUUUAUUUAGCGCUCGGUGCUCUCUAUCUCUUCAUCCCAAUAAUGGGACGAUCCGGUGGCAGUAUUAAUUCCGAAGUUGCAAUGGCUAACAUGCUGUCGAUAUUAUUCUGCCAACUGUUUUGCUUCACGUUGCCAAUAGUGCUUCUAAUAAAGAAUGCAGAACGAAUUAUAAGUGUGAUUGUUGGAAUUUUCUUAAUCGCUAUUGCUGUGUUAAUUCUAACACCACUUGGAUUCCCUUACAGUGGUGAUCCGUUGUCGCCUGCUCCACAACGAUUUAUGAUCGCGCAUAGUAAACGCCAGUAUUAUGGUCCAGAUGGUAGCGAAAGGUAUUCCGGUACGGGAUACUGGUUAGUGGAUUUAGAUAUGAAUAGCCCUCGCAGCGUAGAAUCAAUAGUACCUGAAGUAGCUGCCGCGACGCCAACGGUCAGGGACUGCGAGAAGGAAUUAUACUGCGGCUUUCCGUAUUUAUUGCCGGUCACAACUUUCUUGUGGAAAACUACCUGGAUACCCGGACCUGCUCCGCUCCUAAGUAUUCCCACCAAUCUCGAGGUGAUUUCCAAGACUACGAAACAGAACAUCGUUAAUUUCACCUUUAACGUUACAGGUCCGGACCACAUAGGUAUAAUUUUGUCCCCCUACAAAGGUGUUCAUCUAAAAAAAUGGUCUAUACUCGAUGAGAAACCAUUGCAAGGUCCAAUGUGGAACGACAGAGAGACUUAUUUUAUUUAUUACGCAUGUGCCUCAGAUUGCGUGCCAUAUACAUUUUCUAUCGAACUGAACAUGUCUGCAGUGCAGAAAGGACCGUGCUUAUCCAUCGCAUUAGCCGGACACUUCUUACACGGCGAACGCCAAAGAUCUUUGAGAUUUAAGAAGUUUCUGGCGCAGUUCCCGCCGUGGACCGUCAUCGCUCCCUGGACGGCGUCGUAUAAGUCAUGGGAGCUGUAAGACAAGGACAAUAGGACAAUAGGACAAUUGAUUGCGGUAAACGUGACUAGCAACAUUAAGCAAUACAUUGUCCUGACGGCGGAUCGUCUCUCGCGAAUUAACUAAGUAGCCUAAUAAAACGGUACUAUUGCUUUUCGUCGUACGACUCGAGUACGAAACCUAAACGCCAUGGCGAUGUAAUAUCGCUUCAAUACUUAGACGUAGCCUUCAAAAACUUCCUAAAAUAUUACGACUUCAGAGGUAAUUGAGAUAACGUUAAAAGCGAUAGAGAGAGAGAGAGAGGAUGGAACGUGGAAAGACGUUUCCAUUCCGAGUUUAUAUAUGAAUUUUUUACUUGCAUAUUAUCGUUAAUAGAGACGAUGUCGAAAAACUAGCCUAAGACGUUGAUUCAGAUUUAAAUCGUAAAGAGAGAUAUCUUAAAAAAAAAAAUCAUAUACAGAGAUAAUAUAACGUAUAUUUGCCUGGGCGCUUUCAAAGGUGAUAACUACGAUUAUUUUUUCGUAGAAGCGUACGAUAAUAUUGCAUAUCAUAAGCUUUAGACUGAUUCCAUGCAUUAUAUCUUUCGAUUUUAUAAUUUUCACGAGGAGCAAAAUGCCGUGUCGGUGCGAGGGAGAUACGUUUCAUUAAAAUCUAAAACUCGAAUUAUACAUACGGUAUAUAGGAAACUGUGAUUGCAUGUGACGUACGCUCUCUUAGUACGCUUCAAAUUCACUGAUCAAAAUGUCAGUACUAGUUUAAAUUGCCGUCUCACGCGAGAUGGCUAGAUAAUAAUCGCAUGAUUAGCGCGCGCGCACACACAUACACAUAUACACACAUUAGUGUGUACAUUAUUGAACACAUUUUACAAAAAUUGCGAGCAAGUACUGUCUGUAAGACGUUUCGUAGACCAUAAUACGUGCUUUAAUAUACCUUAGAGUUUGCAUUAAGCGCAACAAUUUCACGGUUUAAUAGCCCGUAAAUCUGUUGUUCGGUACAGAGUACAGCGUUCGACAGCUGUCGUCCACGAGCGCGCCGAAGUCGCUUCACAACGGACGGUCAGAAACGGCAACACGGGCGAAUAAGUAUUUUACAAUUACAUCGUGAUACUUUAGAUACGUGAUCGCGACUUUCGAACGCAAAAGUCGUUUGAGAUACAAGAUCAAAUCAAAUACGCGCUUUAAAGGAAUUUUAUAUUUCGAGUAGUAUAAUAGAACGGAUUUUUCGAGUAUAUGCAGACACACAUACGCACACACGUAUACGCAGGAUAUGCUUAAUACGUUGCCAUUUCUAUUCUUAGUUUCCGAGUAUUACAUUACACCUUGCAUGUAAUGAAUUUGAACAGUCACGAUGUCGAAUAUCGGCAUCUUAUAGGAACUCGCUGCUUAUUAUUUUUCGCAAUCACACUCUACGGACCAUUCCUCCUUUUUUUCCUUCCCUAGUUCUAAGGGGAAAAAAGUCCAUAUUUUUAAUAGCAUAUCAAAGAAGUUCAGACUUAGAUCGUUAGACCUGAGACGAGUUAACGAUUUUUAGUAGAUUUUUUUUUUUCAUGUAUUCCAGCACUACUACUUCUCUUUUACUAUCUCUUUCCUACCGUAAGUAAAGGUAUCAAGUAUAUCUUUAAAUCUUUAACUUCUCUAUUUCUCUGUGCAGCUUUCCUCUCGAUGAAACUAUUGCUUUUUCUUUCGCCCACGUUAAAAAUACUUUUAAUAAUUACAUAUUUGCUGGUGCAUACGAAAUAUCUAUUUCACAAUAGUGCACUAACAAUAUUUGCAUGAAGGCAUCCAUCGCAUGACAAUUAAGAGUAAUUGUUAUUCCUAUUCUCUUCUAAUAACACCUGAUUCUCCUAAGACAGUAACUCUUCUUCAUCUCUUUCACAAUUCGCAAUUGAUAUCAAAUUUUUUCUAACGAAUAAUCUUCGAAUUCCUUCGUCACUUAGUGAACACAAAAAUCUUGUCUCGAACUAAAAUUGAUUAGCAGGACAUAGUUUCAAUUUAGCAAUUUCAAGUAAUAAAAAAUAUCGCUUUUCGCGUAAUGAAGUUUUUUCCACGAGUCCAUAGACAUAUCGCUGGUAGCUUAAUAGAAGACGUCUACGUCGCAAAGUUACUUUACGUAACUUACCAAAUUGUUCACUUUACGAUGCUUGACAAAACCGCGUAUGAAUAUAGAGUUAUAUUGCGAGAAUAAAUAGUACAACGUGAUUCGUUAUAUAAAAAAAAAAUAAUAAUGAUAGUUUUAUAUAAAAUAUUAUAGCGGCAAGAGAGGCAGUAGCAAAAUAUACGAUGCGUUAACGAGGAUUAAACAUUUCUAAUAUAAGUAUUGGGAAACGUUUUAUGUAAUAUAUUUUUGUAUUGCGGUUCAAGUUGUUUUUUUCUCUUAUUACGUUUUGAAUGUUUAACUUAUAUUUUUAAUAUGUGAUGAAUAAUUCGUAUUAGACUGCGACUGUUUUAUCUAAUUGUUAAUUUGUUUGUAGCACAAGUGUUUAACGUUAGCCAGCGUUAAUCUUAAUUGCACAAAUUUACGAUCGCAAUUCUACUUAAUUCUCGUGCACAAAGAUUAUGAACAAUACUUGACGAUUUUUAACAUUUCUAUAGUCAUUUAUUGCGGCCUGAAGAUAAUCGAAUUACUGGUUCGCUGAUUUCAUUUUCUUUUUUAAUUUCCACGUUAUUACCAUCUUAUCUUUACAAAGAUAUUUUUAUGUGUUCCAUAAUUUCUUAGACGAUCGCGCUCCUGUAAUUACCAAUCGCGUUACCGUAACGCGAGAGAGAGAGAGAGAAAGAGAUGUAGAGCGCUUGUUAACAGGGUCUUUAUUUUAUUGUUAGGAGUAAAACGAAGUUCUCUUUGCCUCGCUCUUCGCCGUUUCUCGACGGGCGAUUCGGAAUUCUAGAUUAACGGACGCAAUCGUUCCUAAGAAACGUGAGAAGGCGUGGUCCACUUGCGUCGUCAUUCUGAAUCACAUGUCAGUAUCUGUACUUCGAUAACUUCGUUUUACGCCGAGUACCGGCCAAAGGAAAAAGGAUCCAUCCAUUGCGUGACAAUUGUAGUUGCCUAAUAAUUCGUUUCCGUUAUUCUGUGCGUGCAGGGCGGCACUUUAGUAAUAAAAUACCACGAAUGAGACCCGCGCGUCGCGGGAUUCAGUUCGAGGAAUUUAACGUUCGAUAAGGAUUGAUAGUAAUAUAUAUUGUUUUUUGUCUCUCCUCCCCCCCUGCCAAUUUAUUUAUACACAGGCGUAUGUUCCUGCUUGCGUUAUAUUAAAUUGUCGAUACAUAUAUUGCGACAUUGUUACUUGGCAGUUGUUGUUACAUGAUUAAGAUAUUAUAUGAGAGAGGAAAUAAAGAAUUAACAUUACACA